AUGGAGGCUGAUUACGAAGAGCUUGAUGAGCAUCCAAUCAUGAAAAGAGAAGGCAUGCGACUUGUGAUGCGCACGGUCGAAAAUUCGUUCGCCCUCAGAAGGGCUCUGCUACAAUCUCACAACAGUCCAAAUGGAGAACGAACAUUCGAUCAUGCGAUAUCACCCACAUCCUUCUGCAAUUCAAUGACGGCCUCGAAGCUCAAUAAUAAAAAAUUAUCAGUUGGCUUGACAGUAGACAAACAUCCCGCCAUGUCAUCAAUUGCCAUGCCGAACUGGAGCUCUGACUCUUCGAAGCGGCUCAUCUGA